GUGAGAAAUGUUUGCAAAGAAAACAAAACAAAAAAUCAAAACAUCUGAAAGAAAACAUGAAUUCAUUAUUCAAUUCAAACAAUUUGUGGUCAUUUAUAACAAGACAUCACAUCUCAAGACAUUGGUUCUCAACCGGACGUCAGUUGUGGUCACAAACGAAUGAUCACAACCAAGAGGUGGUCGAAGACAAUGCCGAAGAAGUUGAGAGACAUUUCGCCGAUCUGUCGGUCAAACAGUUUGAAUGUUUGGCCAAAACCGCGGAUCAGAUGAAUGACAUCGAAAUGAUAUUGUCUUCGUAUGAAUACGCGAAGUAUGAGACACAAGAAGUGCCCUCUAGUCUGACACUCAAUGAUAUGAGAAAACUGAUGGCUUUGAAGACCGGCGGCCAACGGAACAGGUAUAUGAACUCUCUGUACCAGAAGGAGAUCCAAUCGAUUCACUCAAAGAGAUUGAGAGCUAUUAGCAAGACAUUGAAAGAGAAGGAAUUGAGUGAUAAGUGGAUCCAUAGGAAGGACAACCGGACCGGUCUUUUCGAUGAUAACGGAGACAUUGCUUACGGUUUGUGGCGCAACAGUCUCUUCGCCAGAAUAUCGCCGACAGAUAUACGCCGAUAUUCUGUCCAUCGAUUGCAAAGCGCAGCCCUUUUUGGCCAAAAUAUUGUGUUUGAUUUGAGUUGUGAUCCGCAGAUGAGUCAAACGAAUUGCGCCAAGAAUUUGACACAAUUAGUGAAAGCCUAUCAAACAAAUCGGUACUCAUUGUCUGAACCCUUUAAUUUGCAUUUUGCAAACAUUGACUAUAAAAGUAUGGUUUGGGAAGCGGUUCAAAAGAACCAAUUGGUGGCAAACUAUCCGCACUUUUUGUCCGCAUUUACCCCAAAGUCAUACUUAGAUCUGUUUGACAGAAAAGAUUUGGUAUAUUUGUCGCCCAAAGCGGUCAGAGAUCUGAAGUACGAGUCAAACAAAACGUAUAUAAUAGGUUUCGGCGACGAAUACUCGUAUACUCGAACAGAUUUGACUCGAGUUAAGGCAUGGAAUGAAAGGAUUCCAAUGAGAAGACUACCAAUAGAUCGGUACUGUUUGUGGAGUAAAGGCUCCAAAGACUUGUGCUCUAGUGUUGUGCUCCGUAUUCUCAAUGAUAUGAGUGAUGGCAUCGGUUGGCAGAAAGCAUUUGAACGAAAUAUUUCUAAAAAUUGCUUCAAAACCGAAGAGGAGAUCGAAGCCGAAGAGUUAUAUCAUGAGGUGAUGGUUGGCAGUACUGGGAACGCGUGUGUAUCACCAGUAGUGCGCUUACAAUCGACGGUUAGAAAUGCCAGCGAUUCCUGUGAGACACCCAUCAAAGUAGCGGUGAUAGGGAGCGGACCCUCAGGUUUCUACACCACUCAACAUCUUCUUAAGAAUCCAAGAGUUUGUGUCGAUAUCUACGAGAAGUUUGCGGUUCCCUUCGGUUUAAUCCGUUUCGGUGUCGCUCCCGAUCACCAGUCCGUUAAGAAUGUCAUCAACUCUUUCACCACAACUGCUUCUAACAAAAGAGUCUCUUUUAUUGGAAACGUUGGCAUUGGAUCUGAUAUUAGUUUACAAGAGAUUAGAGACAAUUAUCACGCGGUUGUCCUCUGCUAUGGCGCCUCUCAGGACAGGAAACUUGGUAUUGAAGGCGAAAGUCUGUCGCAAGUGGUGUCCGCCCGAAGAUUCGUCGGAUGGUAUAACGGAGUGCCGAGUGAUCGACAUUUAGAUAUCCAUCUCAACUGCGAGACAGCGGUUAUUAUAGGACAGGGAAAUGUGGCCAUCGAUUGCGCCAGAAUUCUGUUGUCUGAUUGCCAGCAAAUACUCUCUAGUGUUGUUCUGGGAGUCAAUCGAUUUGUUUCCGACAAUAUAUUUGAUAAAAAUGCAAAAGUGAUGACAACUGAAGAGUUGGAAGAAAUAGAAUGCGGUUUAGUUUUGACAAGUAUUGGAUAUAAAGCCAUAUUAAUCGACAAAUGUCUGCCUUUUGAUGAGAAGAAGGGAACCAUUUUGAAUGAAAACGGAAGAGUCGUUGGCUUUGAAACGGGUCUCUACUGUAGCGGUUGGGCCGCAUCGGGUGCCUCAGGAGUGAUACUCAACACAAUGAAUGCUAGUAUAGAAGUGGCGAAGAAUAUUCUCGAAGACAUCGAUUCAAACAAAUUGCAAAUAAACCAUAAAAAUGGGAAACAGAAUAUAAUGAAGACAUUGUCUUCAAAGGGAGUGAAAGUGAUUCACUUCGAAGACUGGAAACGAAUUGAUCAAAUCGAACAACACUUGGGAUCAACUAAAGGCAAAAUUCGAUUGCCACAAACGAAGACAAUUGAAGACAAGUGGAAACUAUUGCCGGCAUUUCUGGAGGUGAGGGGUCUUAUCAAACAACACUUGGAUUCGUUCAACCAUUUCAUCGGCAAAGAAAUCAAGUCUGUGUUGAAGGCGAAUGAGAAGAUCACGUGUGAAUCGGACGCCAACUGGUAUGUCAAGUAUCUGGACAUCAGAGUCGGCAAACCCGAGAUCGAGGAGGGAUUCAAUGUCGUCCGCACCACCAGUCCUCACGAGUGCCGACUCCGCGACAUCACAUACUGUGCGCCCAUUAAUGUGGACAUCGAGUACAUGAGAGGACCGCAGAAAGUGAUCCGUAAUGACCACACCAUCGGAAGAAUGCCUAUUAUGUUGAGAAGCGCUAACUGUGUGCUGAACUCCAAGACCUACAAUGAAUUGGUGGCAUUGGAUGAGUGUCCGUACGAUCCCGGAGGCUAUUUCGUCAUCAAUGGGUCCGAGAAAGUGAUUCUAAUCCACGAACAGCUCUCCAGAAAUCGCAUUCUCAUAGAAGAGGGACCGAUAUGUCAGGUGACCAGUACUACAACCGAACGCAAGUCCAGAACCAAUCUUAUUAUCAACAAAAAGGGACAAAUCGUUAUGAAACACAACUCCUUCUUAGACGAAGGCAUUCCUGUCUUCAUUGUCUUUAAAGCGAUUGGCUUUGAAAGCGAGUCAGAAAUUGUUGAAUUGAUUUGUGGCAGCACUUCAUCCACCGAUGGUAUUGAUCCGAGUCUUCUGAUACCGUCGCUGGAAGUGUGCCAUAAGUUUCAGAUAUGGACCACUGAUUUGGCGCUCAAAUAUAUGGCCAACAAAUUGAAGUCAAAGACACAGUUCUUUGGAAAACCCGAAUGGAAUUCAUCGGACAGAAGAAAACCCGCGGUUGAGAUCGUGAGGGAACUGUUGGUCAAUACAGUUGUCGCUCACAUUCCGGUCAAAGAUUUUAAUUUCAGGCUUAAAGCUAUAUAUUUGGCUCAAAUGGUUAAACGGUUGAUAUUAGCGAUGACUGAUCCGUCAUAUAUCGAUGACCGGGACUAUUACGGCAAUAAGCGUCUUGAGUUAGCCGGUAGUCUCAUCGCCAUCCUCUUCGAAGAUCUGCUCAAAAGGUUUAACUCAGAAUUGCGGACAAUUGCCGAUAAGAAUAUACCAAAGAUCAAAGUGUCUCAGUUUGAUAUCGUGAAGCAUAUGAGACAAGACCUGAUCACCAAUGGUUUGAUUAAUGCGAUCGCAACGGGAAACUGGACUCUAAAGCGGUUUAAGAUGGAAAGGGUUGGCGUGAGUCAAGUGUUGAGUCGAUUGAGUUAUAUCUCGUGCUUAGGAAUGAUGACUCGUAUUAACUCUCAAUUCGAGAAAACACGCAAAACUUCUGGUCCGCGAUCUCUACAGGCGAGCCAAUGGGGACUCGUCUGCCCGUGCGAUACACCCGAAGGCGAGUCCUGUGGUCUUAUCAAGAAUUUGGCUCUAAUGACACACAUUACCACUGAUAUCGAUGAAGAGGCUAUUAUUCGCAUUUGUCUCAACAUAGGUCUCGUUCAGGACAUAAUGUUGUGCUCUUCAGGCGCUCUCAUUAAUAAAAACUAUUUAGUGUUUGUAAACGGACUCAUAAUCGGUGUCUCGAUUGAUCCCCAAAGACUGGUCACGAGCUUACGAUCUCUUCGCAGAAGUAAUUUCAUGUCUGAAUUUGUGUCCAUUUCUCUCAAUCGACUCCAUAGAGCCGUUUAUAUCGCGACCGACGGCGGAAGGCUUUGCAGACCCUAUAUUAUAGUCAACACCCGAUUAGGUGUUCCCAAAGUGAUGUCCAAACAUAUGGUAGCACUUAAUCGAGGAAUUAUGGGGUUUGAAGACUUUAUUCGCGAAGGUCUGGUCGAGUACUUGGAUGUGAAUGAAGCCAGUGAUGCACACAUUGCCAUCAAUGAGGACAAGAUUAAAGCUGGUGUUACCACUCAUCUGGAGAUCGAGCCGUUCACGCUAUUGGGUGUCUGCGCCGGAGUUAUUCCUUAUCCACAUUGCAAUCAAUCGCCAAGAAAUACCUAUCAGUGCGCAAUGGGUAAGCAGGCGAUGGGCACUAUUGGACUCAAUCAACGGCAACGUAUAGAUACUCUACUCUAUCUGUUGUCUUACCCUCAAAGACCAGUGGUUAAGACAAAGCCAAUUGAAUUAAUACAUUACGACAAACUGCCCGCCGGUGCCAAUGCUAUGGUAGCCGUCAUGUCUUACAGCGGUUUUGAUAUCGAAGACGCGACUGUUAUGAACAAAGCGAGUCUCGACAGGGGUUACGGCCGUUGCUUCGUCUAUAGGAAUCAGAAGUGUGUUCUCAGAAGUUAUUCCAAAUUUAAUAAUAUUAAGGACAGAAUAAUGGGUCCAAUAGUGUCGGCCGAUCCGCCCUAUAAUCCAAUCGCUAAACACGCGUGCCUUGACUUGGAUGGCAUCGCAGCCCCGGGAGAGGUGAUCGCCAAUCGCACAGUUUUGGUGAACAAGUCGUCGCCUGUUAUUAGCAAUAUUGACGACACAAGUCUUCCGAAUGCGGGCGGAAGGCCUGGAAUGGAUUCCACCACUUAUAAGGACUGUCCCGUCACUUAUCGAGGCAUUGAAGACGUUGUCGUCGAGAAAGCGAUGAUUACAUCUAACAGUGAAGAAUCCUUUCUAAUAAAACUACUGUUGAGACAAAUGCGUAGACCAGAAGUGGGCGAUAAGUUUAGCUCACGACACGGACAGAAGGGAGUCAUUGGUCUCAUUGUUCCUCAAGAAGAUUUGCCAUUCAAUGUGAACGGCAUUUGUCCGGAUAUGGUUAUGAAUCCGCACGGAUUCCCCUCUCGCAUGACUGUCGGCAAACUCAAGGAAUUAGUUGCGGGAAAGUCAGCACUAAUUGCCGGAACACUACACGACGGGACAGUGUUUGGCGGUACGACCAUCGAUGAGAUAUCAGAUAUUAUGAUUAAAUAUGGGUUCAAUUAUAACGGCAAAGAGACGCUGACGUCUGGCAUUACUGGCGAACCACUCAGUGCUUACAUAUACUUCGGACCCAUUUAUUAUCAGAAACUAAAGCAUAUGGUUUUGGACAAAAUUCAUGGCCGUUCUCGAGGGCCACGGGCUGUACUCACUCGACAACCCACUGAAGGUCGGGCUAGAGAUGGAGGCUUACGGUUAGGCGAAAUGGAAAGGGAUUGUCUGAUAGGACACGGCGUCAGUAUGUUAUUACUGGAAAGACUAUUACUAUCGAGUGAUGCGUUCGAUGUGGACGUCUGUACCGGUUGUGGACUUCUUGGAUAUCAGAAGUGGUGCGCAAAAUGCGAGUCCAGUCAGACGUUGGCCUCCAUUCAGAUUCCAUAUGCAUAUAAACUACUCCUUCAAGAAUUGCAAGCCAUGAAUAUUCAACCAAAACUCAAGCUAACAAAUCUUAAUAUAAGCGAAGAAAUGGCUGCAAAUCCGCGUAAAUUCAGUGAAAAGAUUGCUUUACAUAACCAAAAACAGGCCGAAGAGACGGCAGCCUUCGAGCAGAUCAUGAGGGAAGUGAUCGGAGCCACAAGAGGGCCGACAUAUCCCAAGAGCCAACAACAUCUGCAUAUAUCAUCAUCGAUGGUCUGUAGGGCGGGAUCUUUGCCUAAUGUCAACCAAAUUGGUGGCAAUAAAUCGGGAAUUGAUUUGCAGUCAGCACUCAAUAACUUAGAGGAUAUUAAACACGGAAGGGAUGACCGCAUGGGUCGACGAUAUACCAAUGAUCAGAAGCGGAAUGUGGUUUCGCCGAACUCUGUGUCAUAUCUAAGCCCUCCUCCGGACACGAAUUGGCGGCGGACUAACUCGGACUCAGCCCUACAUCACAGCGCACUCAUGUCUGCGAGUCCUCAGUUGGAGGCCUUCCAGAACUCGAUUCCCAGAAGAAGUACUGUUCAUGACGUCGACAGUUCAAUGGCUGUCGACGACUCGGCUGUCAUUGACUCGUGGGAUCCGGGAAAGCAGGACAGAUAUGAUCGAUACGACAAGUAUAUACUGAACGCUCCACUGCCUGACAGCUCGCGCCCCAAGUCUUGUGAAGUGCCCGGAAUUAUGAUAUGUCCGACUCAGGAGGACUACAAUUCAGCAAACAAUCAUUUGCCACAUAUUCCCAUCUCUUCAAACACUGGCUCAUUGCCAGACCUGACAAGUCUUCACUUCCCGGCGCCGCUCUCAACACCCAUCGAUGUUGACGACCAGAAUCCGUGCAUUCAAUCCAACUCUCCCUAUCACAGCGGCCCCGACUCGCCUUAUUCUCCUCAUUCACCGCACAGUAAUGCAAACCUCUCUCCGCCGCCGCCGAUGGCUAUCCAACAAAUGAAUAAUAAUAUGUUAUAUCAGACGCAUUCCGGCGAAUUCAACUCCGUUAGCGACUCCGUGGCUAUCAAUAACUCGAAUCACCGCCAGAUGAGCCCAUCUCCCGGUCCAUCGCCAUCGCCGACAUCAUCUCGUCGUCGCCAUCACCACAAUAUCAAUAACUUAGUGAUUGGUAAUCCUCGACAUCAACACCAUUCAAGUGGUCCGCACUCGCAAACAGGUUUGACAAUGGAUACGAGUGCUCUAACACUCAAUGGUAACUCACAUUAUGUGACUUCCUCUGGAGGGCCGCCUAUGGCUUAUUCGUCAGAGCAAUACCAGAGUUUACAACAUCAGAGCCAAAACUUUGUGCCAUCCGUGCCAUCACAAGCACAGCCAAAACCACAAAAUCCUUUGCCCAUAAGACAACCCAACUCUCCAUUGCAGCCCAUUCCAAUGGGUUUGCACAGAAGCACAACCCCUUCGGACCAUUCAUGCAGUGCACCGGCAUCUCCAGUGUCUCAUAUCUCUCCAAUAAACUCUCCCGGUUUGCCGACUAACCAUUUAAGCAAAAGUCCGUUUACCGACAACUCAUACUUCAAUGUACAACAAACAAGUGUUUUGCAACAACAAUUGGAACAGUUCCGUAUGGUUUCAGACAAAUCCAAUGAUCCUAACGAUCAUUAUUUUAUGAUGUCAGGAAACGGAACCAUUCACUCGUCGGGAAGCAGUGCCAGUUCGAGCACCGGUGGCCUAUAUAUGAGCUCUAAUACCAUGCAAUCGUCGCCUCGAGGACUGAGUGACACGACUGGCGUAUUGAAUGACUAUUCGUCGCCACAUAUAUCUCAAUCGUUGACCAACACGUGUGUCAACAGUCACCACACUUAUAGCCAACCAAACACUAUAUAUUACACCUCAUCGAGCAGUUCGGUGCCAUUGAUUGAGUCGCCGACUCUGGCCUACAAUUCCAAAUCAGUGAUCUCAUCGCCCAAUCAAUACCAACAAUCAAACCAUUCAAAUCAAUCCCAAACGCCACAAACCCCUACCAGUAUUCCCGACAUCAUUCUCACAGGGCCGAAUAUUGACGACCCGUUAUUGCGGGGAACAGACUUUGCUAAAGACAUUGGGACAGCGAUGGCAAGUAUGUCGAGUUCGUUCGACACGGAUCUGUUCCCAUCAGCAGAUGAGGCGAUGAGGGCUGGUUUGGAUCCCAUAGACUUCGAUGGACUACAAAUUCUGCCGGACAUCGAUCCCAAUAAUGAAGACGCGUAUAGAUUAGAGCGCUCUUAGCUUUUUAAUCGGACAAUGGCUUUGAUUUGAAGUCAUUUUUGUUGUCUUGAAUACAAAUUUAUAUAUUAAUAUCUUAUAAUGUCUUUUAUAAGACUCUGUUUUUUGCAUCUCUGAUAAGCCAACCAAUCAUUUCU